AUGCCGCUGCGCAAGCGCGCGUUCAGGUCUACGUCCGACGAGUACGGCCGCAUCCUCGACGUUGUGACCAAGUAUGCUAUACACAACCCGCACGUCUCUUGGCACGGCACCGCGGCGGCGGACCUCUCGACAAACGCAAACUCUACCGCGAAGGCCAACAUCAGCCAUCUCAUCUCCUCCACCCUGGCGCAGGAGCUCAUCGAAAUCCCCGACACGACAUUUGACGCCAAGCUCGGAACCAGCUGCCACGGCUGGAUCAGUGACGGGAACUGGGCGCCCAAAAAGGGCGGGUUCAUCCUGUUCAUCAACAGUGAGGCUUGCGUCGACGUGACUAACCUCAGAUCGCCUGGUGGACAGCACAAAGCUGAAAAAGGCAGUCGAGGCCGUAUACGCGACGGUACUGGCGAAGGGCGCGUCGCCGUUCAUCUAUCUGAGGUGGGAAGGCAUCCGACGCCGUCUGACGCCAGUCUCCGCAUCGACCCCGCAAAGAUCGACGUCAAUGUUCACCCGACCAAGUCGGAAGUUCACUUUCUGAACGAGGAUGAGAUUGUCGUCGCAGUGGUCGGCGCCGUUGAGCAGGCGCUCGCCAACGCCAACACCUCGAGGACGUUUGCGGUGCAAACCGUGUCCACGUCAAAAUCCGACACUCCCGCUCGCCGAGCGGCCGCACCCAACUACAAAGUGCGCAUGGACCCAGCCAACCGGACGCUGCACUCCAUGGUUGCCGUCGUCAACCCGUCACAGAUUGCAGGGCCAGAGGACACGUCGCGAACCGUAGACGCUACGGAGUGCGACUUUACCAGCAUCCAGGAACUGAGGCAGGCGGUAGCAGACAACAGCAGCUCGGGGCUGAGUGAGAUGCUCGCCACGCACGCGUUUGUCGGGGUCGUCGACGAGCAGUCAUGUUUGGCUCUGGUUCAGCAGGGUACGAGACUGCAGCUCCAUUUCUACCAACUCGGACUGCAGCAGUUUGGUGGCAUUGGUCGCCUCAAGCUCGAACCUCCGCCGCCGCUGUCAGAGCUGAUCAAGGUUGCCGCCGAAGCAGAGCCGGACAUUGCCAAAGCCGGCCUCAGUGUCGACCAGGUCGUCCAGGGCACGCGCAGAGAUGCUCGACGAGUACUUUUCCAUCACCGUCUCCGCCGACGGUCACCUCGAGGCCAUUCCGUUGCUUCUGAAGGGGUACACCCCAGAUCUCGAUCGUCUGCCGCAUUUUCUGCUGUCACUCGCCCAUCGUGUGGUCUGGGACGAUGA